AUGACUUUCACUCUGAGGUCUGUUCUUUUCGCAACCGUAAUGGCUCUGAGUGCAGCUCCUGCAUCCGCCUUGACCAUCAAGCCCUCGUUCGAAAAGAUUGCGAGAGGUCGUGAUCCGUCCAAGAACCUCGGACUCUACAAGAGAGAUUACUCCAUCAACUUCCAAGAUGGUUCUGCGAGCGCAGCAUGCCCUACCGGCAACUGCUGCUCCCCCAUCUGCAAGAUGGACGUCAAGUUUGAUGAAUGCCCCGGUGGUGUAAAGGAAUACCCCCAGAGCUGCAAGAAGAACUUUGAUGAAACCAAGGCUUUCGACAGGAAGAGUUUCACCUACAACUGUGAUGGAUGGUCUAUCUUCUGGGAGGACGGCGCUGUGGACGGAGGUCGCUUCAUUACUGUUGAGCAGGGAGAUACUGGAAACUUUUACCAGUUCUUUGUUGAGGGUUGUGAAGACACAGAUCCUUCCUGGGAUCCUUUCCAGUGUGCCUCUGUCGGCGGCGGCUGCACGGCCAAAGCAUCUGGUCUGGGAUGGGGCCCGAAGGGGGAGUAG